GAAAAGAUAAAACGAAGUUUGUAUUUACUGGCAUAAACUAAUUUGAAAAAAAUGCGCUUACAAACUCUGAAAUGUAGGAUCCAAUUUCACAAAACAUCGUAAGCGUAAUCGUAAGCGACUGAAGAGCAUUUCACAUAGAAGUAUAAACAAUACAGUUUUGACUGGAGUGGUGUCUAUCGAUGGGAAUGUGCACAGGACUGCUUAUCAUGCUACUUGUGCUGGUGAUAGGCGUUCAUUGCAGAUCAGUUUUCAUUCCAAAGAUUAAAGAGCUCGUAGAAAGUGAAUAUCAUACAAACACUACACAGACCGAUACAAGAAAUGGUGACGAUGUUAGCAAGCGGUUUCUGAAAUACUAUAAAGCUGUUUUUCUGACAAGACAGAAGCAAGAUGCUAACGAUGUCAGUAUUCAUAAGAAUAGAUCGCUAAUGACGAUUAGUACAGCCGACAUUAACAGCCUUCAGCCACAAGCUUCUAAAUAUCUAAUGACGAUUAGUACAGCCGGCAGUAACAGUCUUCAACCACAACCUUUUAAAUCCCACCUGAAGAAACGCUAUCUGAACACUGAUCUAGACAUGGACAUAGAUAAUUCUCUUUUCGAACUUCAACAGUUCAGUAAUAAAUACAAUAGUCUGCAUAAGAACGAUGGCCUUCAAGUGAAUGUCGGUGGAACAGGCGGCCAGAAGAACGUGGGCGUGAAAGUUGGAGGAAAGGUUGGCGUAAACGUCCAGUUGACUGGUGCCUCGGGGGCGCAAGAGCACGAAGGAGGUGAUGAUGCCAGCCAGGGACAUCAGAUACAGUUGGACAUAUCUCCACGGAAACCACAAGAUGAUGAGUCCAGUCCUGCGAUACAUCUACAGAAUGAUCUGGGACUGGCACUUGGGUCAUCCUCCGUACAGAAUGACGGCAGUGGCGUGAAGGUGCAGUCGGGUCCAGCCGCAAAGACCAUACUCAUUAGUCUGCAGCAUGGACAUCCAGCUUCAGGUUCAAAGAAUGUACAGAUUAGUCUAGAGCACUCGCAGUCAUCUCCAAUCUCUGAUGACCAAGCCACGAUAGACCAGCUGUCUGCAUCUGAAGAAGAGGAGCAGCAAUCUCUGGAGGAGUUACAGUCUGACCUGAUGCCGUCUCCAGGUUUGUUAAAGAAAAGGGUGAAUGAAAUCAGUGAGGAAAACGUCCAGUUGAAGGAAGCCAGUGCAGAGGAGACCGAGCAGAAUGGCAAUGCGGCUAUAGUCAUCAGUGUUGAACAUAAACCCACUCCUCUGAACAUUCGUGUAGUACAAGCUGAAGACAAGAAAAAUGAAGAAUUCACAAGGAGGAUAGAGGCACUGUCUGAAAAAGCAAUCGAGAGACUCGAGGCUUCGAAUAAGGCCAUAGAGAACAUUCUGAUGUCUGUUGAAAGCAAUGAUAACCGCAUCACCGGUGUUGCUGAAAGUCAAACGAUAGAGAUCACAGACGGAGACCCGAUCACCAUCGCCAUCGAAAAAGAGAAUGAAAAAGCUGACCUUCAGAAUGAUGCCAUCGCCAACGUUCUGCUAGGAAACGAUGAAAGCGAAGAUAAAGCUGUUGUAAGCAUUGAAGGGCUUGUAGAAAAAGAAAACAGUUUGGAUGUCAAGACUGCUGUGAAGGAGAAUGAGGUCCUUCAACUUCAGGCGGAAGCCAUGACAGAUUCUCUGAAGGACUUGGAGCUAGGAAUUAACCCAGAUGUAACCCAGCAUGUUAGGCAGGAACAUAAAAUGACUGCCAAAAUUCUGCAAGCUCUAAAUAAAGAAACAAGCAAACUAAAGCUGAAUGAAAGCAAGGAGAAGAAAAAACAUAAUCAUCAUCAUCAUCAUCAUCAUCAUCAUCAUCAUCAUCAUAAGAAAAACAAACAUCAAAAGAAAAACAAUUCAACAAAUACUUAAUAUUAUAGUCUUGGGUUUUUUAUUAGGAUUUUGUAACAUUGGACAUGAAAAGAGAAAUAGGUGAAAAUGGUUAUGUAAUUUGCAAUAGAAAAAACAUCUUUUGUAUAUUGCUGGGUGUGGCAGCUGUAUGUGGUAAAAAAAAACCCCAGGACAAAACUUAACCUCUAAACCAGAUCCCUCUUAAACCAGGACAUUUGUCUUAGUCCAAAGGGUGUCCUGUUUAGAUGGGUUUCACUGUAUAAUCACAGACAAAAUCAGAUGUACAUGUACAUAAUAUAAAAUGUUCAUAAUAGACUACUUAUACAGGAUCUUCUGUUGAUGAUGUCAGUUCUGGUAAUUACGAUUGUAGGCCCCUUCUGGGAGGAAAACAGUCUAGUUUUGCAAGCACAAAAGGAACCAAAACCACAUACAGUAUCUGCAUAAAGAGGCCACAGUCUGAUGGUCUUUUGGCUUAUUACAUUUGUAUUAACUAUAUAUUUCUUUUACUAUACAAAUAACUAUAUAUAAUAUGGUAUUUAUAAUUUAUAUUUAUUAUCAUUCUUACAUGAAUUUGUGUUGCUGGAUAUGUAUUUUGUGUGGGUGUUUUAUAUAUACAAACCAAGUUACUUGACUGGAUGAGGCAGAGUAGCACUUAAUGGAAAAAACUAUGCUAGCUUCAGAACUUGCUUUAAACUGGCCAGAUUCUUGUUUUACUGCCCCUCGGUCGUCGUUCCCGUCCCGUUCCCCCCCCCCAUAUUAUUUUACAUACAUGCAGGGCCGUAGCUAGCAGCGGAAAAAAUUAUAGAAACUUAAAGAAAAUUCUCUUCUUAACUGUUUAAGAGUUUUCGACUAUUAACUACGCAGAUGCCCCCUCCCAGCCUCCAACAAAAAAUCCUAGCUAUGGCCCUGACAUGUACGUCACAGAGUCUUGAUGUCACAUUUCCACCACUUCAAGAACAACUGUUUCCUUCUGCAGAACUUUGUAAUUAGAAGAUGUUGACAAAUGACAAGAAUAUGUUGUAGAGCAAACCAGAAUGAUAAAUGAUACUGAAAAAUUAAUAGAACUACCAUAGUUAACCUGCGAUAUGUAACUAAUUAACCGACUGAUUAUUACUAGUAUACGAUGUAGCCUAAUGUUUGUAGUGGGUUUUUUGUUUGUUUUUGUGUUGAACAUCUGUAAUGGCCACAUUUAGCAGUCAUGUUGUAAAUGAUAAAAUCAUUAUACAUGUAUCUUAUAUAUUAUAGUAAUCAUGGCAAACAAAGUGAAAAAUGGUUUUGUGUGAAUCUGCUGUCGAAAUUACUUAAGCUACAUGUACAUGUGUAUCAGAACAUUUCUAUGUUGCCUGCCUUAUGUGUUUAAAAUGUCUACAUAAUAAACCAAAUCUGUUAAAAUAUA